GUUGUACCCUCAUCUGGUCUGUGCCGAGUCGAUAAGGGGGCAGCAAUCAAAGAUAAGGUAGGGGAGGAAGUCAGAGAGAGAGAGAGAGAAUGGCUUGCAUAUCGAUGGGAACAUGGAGUUCUACACGAACUCUAACCCCAACCGCUUCGCUCAGAAGAUUCAGCUCAGUUAGGUCUGUGAGUAUGGUCGCCACCGCCCAGUUUCGCCCUGGGAUGCUCUACCGCUCUUUUGUCCCUACAACUCCUCUUUCUCUCUCCUCCACUUCUCCUUUCUCAGGUUUUUCAAAGGGGCUGGGAUUGAAUUCUAACAUUGGGCUGGGAAGGGGCAAAAGCUGCGGUCUAGUAGUUAGGGCUAUAAAGUAUCAAAGUUGGCAAACCAAAAGGAACAGGUCUCGAAAGUCUCUGGCCCGAGUUCAUGGCUUUCGCAAAAGAAUGUCUACCACCAGUGGUAGAGCCGUGUUGAAGCGUAGACGUGCAAAGGGAAGAUGGGUCCUUUGCCCAAAGUCCAACCCCAACAGUGGAAAACGUUCUUGAUCUCCAUCAUUGUUUGGAUUCCAUUUUGGUUUGUUAAAUCCCAUGACGUGUACUAAUUAGAUGUGAAAUUGUGUCUAUCCUCUUCUUUAAUGUAUCUUGAAUUUAUUCAGGGAAAUAUUUUGCUGAUUGGAAACUUGGAAUUCAGUCUUCCCGUCUAAACGAUCGUUGAAGUGUUCUCCCUUCUGUUGUGUAAAUUGGUAAAUUUUUUGUUUGAAUUUUGCUAUUAAA